AUGGCCGUUUCUCGAGGCGCCGCUCCCUCGGCGAGACGCUCGCGUUCGAGCCACGCCACUCGGUCCAACCUGACGACCACCGGAAUCCUGCUGUCUCUGCUAUCCGCCCCCCUCGUGGUUUCUGCGCAAGGCAACGGCCAAUGUGUCUCACUCCAAGGCUCCAAGAUGUGCCCGGCAUUCCAGUCCGCCUCUGUCUCGACGACUGGCUUUGUGGCAGACAUCUUCCCUUUCCUGCCCUUCGUUUCCAGUCGAGAGACCUUCGAUCAGCAAAUGGGAUCCUACAUCCGGACGACCUAUGUGCAGCAGAAAUUCGCCCAGAAUUUUGGAUGCGGCAACAUCGACCUGAGAAGCACCGAUGAGCUGUACCCCCGUUUCACAACCUCGGUCAUCUGCAAUGCCAUUGUGCAAAACUCCAUUCAGGCCUGCAACUUGGCGGGCGAUGAUGCGCCGCCACUGUGUGCGGACACUUGCGCGUUCUACGCGCAAAGCGAAGCGCUGAUCACAUCUGAUCGAAACCUCUGCCCCAACCCAAGCAAUGAUUUGAUCUCUCUCAUCCGAGCCGACUUUACAAACUGCUACAUCCCGCCUGGGCUCUCUUUUCCACUGCCAAAUUGUGUGCAAGGCGUGGCCAACGAACCAAACAACUGCGGUUACGGCAACAGCACUAUCGGACUUUGCUCUUACUGCGCAUCCGGUGGCAUCAACUCUACGGAUACUUGCUGUUAUAACUCGGAUGUCGACAACAGAUGCGCCGAUGUUGUCCUCCCCUCUCUGGUCCCUUCCAUGACGUUCACGCCGCCGACAUCUUCGCCCACUUCCAGCACCACCAGUACCUCGGCACCAUCGGAAGACGGUAAUGACAACGGAAGCGGCGGUGGUCUCUCCGGCGGUGCCAUUGCUGGAAUUGUUAUUGGUUCUAUUGUGGGCCUCAUCCUCAUCGCAGGUCUCAUUUUCCUCUGUAUUGUUUGCCUGCGACGCCGCCGCAGAAGGAACGACAGCCAUAAUGGGAGUGUCUUCAACCAGCCCUCGCCCUCAAGACAAGGUCCUUUGGCAGAGAAGACGGGCGUGCCCGCCGCUGCUCCUGGGUUUGACGUUCUGCCCGGCGGUCGCAUCGCACGCAUGUCGGCUCUCGAGGGUACUUCGGACUCAUCGCCGAGCGGUGGACGCCACACGGGCCUGGCGGCCGCGGCAGGUGCCGGCGCUGGCAGCCGGUUCCGAUGGCCGCACCGGAAUGGUGUUCUGCGCCCGCCCCCUACCCGGAGGCACGGUUCCUUAUCAAGCAGCUCGGUCCUGGCAGGCGAAGACCCGCAGUCCCCGACUAGUGCGGGCGGCAUGUCGUCUCCCCAGGGCAUGGCGAGUCAGCAAUCCGAGCAGCUGCCAUUCUUCAAAGACUACUACUCGUCUGACGACAUUCACCCGGGCGAUAGGGUUGCCGUGCUGUGGGCCUACCAACCUCGAGCCAAUGAUGAGUUCUCGCUGGAACGGGGCGACAUGCUCAAAGUGGUGGGCAUCUGGGACGAUGGCUGGGCGACAGGUGUCAUGAUGGACGAGCGCGCCGACGAGUGGGACGCCCGACGACAAGCACAGCGAGACAGCGGCGUGUCCAGCACAUCAGCCCGCGCGCGCGACACAUCACCACCCGUCAGCGGCGAGAUCAAGGCGUUCCCGUUGGUAUGCGUCUGCCUGCCAGAACAUUGGCGCAAAACGAUUGAAGGCGACGGGUCGACGGAAACGGGAUCCAGUGGCCAUCCGAUACCCUGA